UGUAAAUACUUACUAUAGUUGGUAAAUCGUUUAAGGCCGCCACGCCCCCUUCGGCUAUAGAUGGGGGGCUUUCUGCACGCCAGAUUGGCCAGUUAGUGGUUAGUGUUAGUUUGGCCAUGCCGCAGGGCGAGACAUUCCAUCGGGCGGUCUCGAAAGUUCUCUUUAUUUCACAAAUCUAUGGAUUGCUGCCGGUGAGCAAUGUACGCGCUUUGGAUGUAUCCGAUAUUCGAUUUCGUUGGUUUUCCUCGCGCAUUUUCUACUCCUGCCUCAUUUUAAUCCUAAAUAUUUGCGAAUUCGGCACCGUCAUCAACUAUGUCAUCAAGGUGGCCAUUAAUUUUCACACCUCCAGCACCCUUUCCCUGUAUAUCGUGUGUCUUUUGGAGCAUCUCUUCUUCUGGCGACUGGCCAUCCAAUGGCCCAGGAUCAUGCGAAUUUGGAGCAGUGUGGAGCAGCUCUUCUUAAGGGUUCCCUAUCGAUUCUACGGGGAGUACAAGAUGAAGAAGCGCAUCUAUGUUGUGUUUGCCAUAGUCAUGUCAUCCGCUUUGGUGGAACACUGUCUUUUGCUGCUCAAUUCAUUUCAUUUAAGCAAUUUGGAACGUACCCAGUGCAAAAUCAAUGUUACCUAUUUGGAGAGCAUCUACAAGUGGGAGCGUCCACAUCUCUACAUGAUCCUGCCCUACCAAAUUUGGCUAUUGCCCAUUUUAGAGUGGGUUAACCAGACAAUUGCCUAUCCGCGUUCCUUCACCGACUGUUUUAUUAUGUGUAUUGGCAUUGGCUUGGCUGCCAGAUUUCAUCAGCUCUAUCGUCGAAUUGCUGCUGUUCAUAGGAAAGUAAUGCCAGCUGUGUUUUGGACAGAAGUUCGGGAACAUUACCUGGCCUUAAAGCGACUUGUGCAUCUUUUAGAUGCUGCCAUAGCUCCAUUAGUGCUCCUGGCCUUUGGCAAUAACAUGUCCUUUAUUUGCUUUCAGCUGUUUAAUAGCUUCAAAAACAUAGGAGUGGACUUUCUGGUAAUGGUGGCCUUUUGGUAUUCCCUAGGUUUUGCCGUGGUCCGCACCUUGCUGACUAUUUUUGUGGCCUCUUCGAUAAAUGAUUACGAACGAAAGAUUGUCACGGCCUUAAGGGAUGUGCCCUCCAGAGCUUGGUCUAUAGAAGUUCAGCGCUUUAGUGAGCAGUUGGGCAACGAUAUGACAGCUCUUUCCGGCAGCGGAUUCUUCUACCUCACCCGCUCACUUGUCCUCGCUAUGGGCACCACAAUUAUCACCUAUGAGCUCAUGAUAUCGGAUGUCAUCAACCAAGGUUCCAUUAGGCAAAAGACUCAAUACUGCAGGGAGUUUUAGAUUCCGGAAUUUAGCACUCGAAAUUACAAUUCAAAAGCACAUUUAGUCACAAGUGUCACGCCCAUGCACCUGCACCGAAUCCGCAUUCGCGAGAUCCUAAUCUGCAAAUGGAUUGGCAUACGCCCCCUUGUUCAUGGUGUGUCCUUUGCACUUAAAGGACCUUUUUUGCAUUUGCCAUCAAACAGCCAAGCCAUGAAGCAGUCUGGACAAAGAGGCACCAGAAACACACUUCAGCAUGGAAUUGGUCCUGUUUUGGUUAUAGCGCAGUUCUUUGGCGUGUUGCCAGUUUCGGGGAUUUGGCCAAGUUCGCGACCGGAGAAAGUUCGCUUUCGCUGGAUUUCUGCAUCCUUUCUGGCUGCCCUUAUCCUCUUCUGUUUUUCUAUUGUGGACUGCGCCUUAUCCUCCAAAGUUGUGCUCGAUAAUGGCCUGAAAAUAUAUACCAUAGGAUCCCUUAGCUUCAGCGUUAUCUGCAUUUUCUGCUUCGGGGUUUUCCUGCUGCUAUCCCGCCGUUGGCCAUAUAUCAUCCGCAGGACGGCGGAGUGUGAGCAGAUCUUCCUGGAGCCCGCCUACGAUUGCAGGCAUGGGCGUGGUUACUCUAGUCGCCUCCGACUUUGGGGCGUCUGCCUCCUGGUGUUUGCCCUCUGUGAGCACUCCACGUAUGUGGGAAGUGCCCUCUACAACAAUCAUCUGGCCAUUGUGGAGUGCAAGUUGAAGGUGGACUUUUGGCAAAACUAUUUCCAGAGGGAGCGGCAGCAACUAUUCCUCGUCAUGCACUUCAGUGCCUGGUGGAUACCCUUCAUUGAAUGGACCACUCUAUCGAUGACUUUUGUGUGGAACUUUGUAGACAUUUUCCUGAUCCUCAUCUGCCGCGGUAUGCAAAUGAGAUUCCAGCAGUUGCACUGGCGCAUUCGACAGCAUUCAAAAACACAAAUGCCAAAUGAAUUUUGGCAAAGAAUACGCUCUGAUCUCCUGGAUCUCAGUGAUCUUCUGGCGAUUUACGACAAGGAAUUAUCUGGGUUGAUAGUUCUUUCCUGUGCCCACAACAUGUACUUUAUAUGCGUGCAGAUAUAUCACAGUUUUCAAUCCAAAGGCAACUAUGCGGAUGAGUUAUAUUUCUGGUUUUGCCUCUCGUAUGUCAUCAUUCGAGUUCUAAACAUGAUGUUUGCUGCAUCUUCUAUUCCUCAAGAAUCCAGGGAAAUAUCAUAUACCCUUUAUGAAAUACCCACUGAGUUUUGGAGUGUGGAACUAAGGCGCCUUAAUGAGAUUUUUCUCUCAGAUCAUUUUGCCCUCAGUGGCAAGGGGUACUUUCUACUAACUAGACGUUUGAUAUUUGCGAUGGCUGCCACUUUGAUGGUCUACGAACUGGUGCUGAUCAACCAAAUGGCCGGCUCCGAAGUGCAGAAAAACUUUUGCGAGGGCGGCGUGGGCUCCUCCAAGAGCAUAUUUUCCUAG